CUGAGGAAGUUGUGUGUGUGCACAGGAGAAGCAGUAAUGAUGAAGUGCUUGUAUUUUUUGUCUGUUGUGUUUCAUGUGGCUGCAGGCUGUGAGCUCUCUAGUGAUAAUGAUUGGUUAGAUAUAACAAGUUAUAAAGGACGUUCAGUGCUGUUACCCUGCUCCUGCUCUGACCUGCACUCCAAACCUCAGAAAUUCACCUGGAUGACCUUCAGAACAGGAAACUGGACUGAAGUGUUAAAUGAUGAACAGUACAAUGGCAGAUAUCAGCUGUUUAAUAACACUUCUCCUGCUAAUCUGUCACUACUCAUAUCUGACCUGAGAGAAGAAGAUCAGGAAGUCUACAGGUGUAGCACUGAGAAGGAACACAGAGACAUCACUCUUUAUGUUAAAGGCUGUGAGUUGGUGAACAAAAGAGAGUUUGUGAAUGUGACUGGGUUCACAGGAGAGUCUGUAGUUCUGCCCUGCUUCUGCACUGACCUACAGGACGACCCAAAAACUAUAAAAUGGUUUAGUUAUGGGGAAAUUUACCCUGAACAGACUGGACACUACAAAAACAGAGUCAAACUGGUCCGUAAAAACCCUCCAGGAAACCUCUCUCUACUCAUAUCAAACUUGACUGAAGAGGACCAGGGAACCUAUUGGUGUAAUGUACAGAAUGACUGGUCAUGUGUCCGUCUAUAUGUUAAAGUAGGAAAAAGAGAAACUUCAAUACCAUCGAAAGAAAAAGACACAACAACCCCUCUAUCCGCUACAUCCAAAACAACACAAGAUGAAAAUCUACAAGAAACAACCACAAACUCUCCAACUGCAUCCUCCUCAACAACACAAGAUGAAAAUAUACAAGAAACAACCACAAACUCUCCAACUGCAUCCUCCUCAACUACACAAGUUUUAAGCUUUUUCCUGGUUUUACUGCUGCUCAUACCUGGUGUAGUGGCAUUUAUUUGGUGGAACUGCAAAGGAAGAAGAUCUGGAGAGUAUGUGAUGAAUAAAGGAAAUCUUGGAUGUAAGGGAAAGCAGAAGGAUCAGAUAUUCAUGAGGCCUUAUUCCCAAUGAACCCUGCUCUGAUCCAGACUCUGAACCAAAGGCUGCAUAUACUCAUCACCUGAAAAAGAUUAUCUGUCCUCUGCCGCCAAUUUGCACCUAAUUCACUUAAUAAAGGCACAUUUUUUUAUGAUGUGUGAAUUUGUAUCACUAGACAUUCAGCUGGUUCUUUGACUAUUUACUGAACAUCUUCUAUUCUAAAUUAUUUCUGGCCUCAUUAAUUGUUUUUGGUUUCUCUGGAAGUAAUGUCAUGUUAUCUAAUGCAUGAACACAUUAAAUAUAUCAGUUAUAAUUCA